GCGCGAGCCGCGGGCAGGGUUCCGUAGCGUCGACGCACAGCAAGCACGACAUGAGCGCCACACUCAUCGGCGCCUCGCUGGGGUUCGGCAUGCAGCUGUACAUCAACGCGCUGCGCAAGCUCCCCCUCCUGCGAAACCCGUGGGAGCACGUGUUCUGGACCGGGGUCGGCGCGGCCGCGGCGAACAUGAACGCCGAGUGGGAGGCUAAGCUGCGCAAGGAGGUCGCCGAGCUGAACAAGGAGAGGCAGGCGACGAACGCGAGCUUCAUGGAGUCCAUCCUCAAGGAGAAGUAGCGGUGGGCCUGCCGUUUGAAACCCGUCUAGCCAAAUAGCAUGUACCAAAAUGGAAAUUGUAUGCCGUU